AUGGCGGAAGAGUACAUGGACUUUGACCGGUUCAUCGAAACCUUUGAACUGAAGCUCGAUAAGGAGUUCGAUCGUGACGGCGUUGCGGCUUCAUGGGCUCCCUCAGCCAACGGCGGCCCUCAGCUUUGGGGAGACGAGCGUGAUGCAUUCGAGCUCAACAACGACGACCCCAUGUCGGAGCUGGCUGAGAAGUCGAGCGCACAGCUGGCCAUUAGUCCAGAUGGGAAGUUCAUGGCAGUGUCAACCAACGCCAUCGCUAGAAUCUUCGCUGUCGAGUCAAAGGUUCUGACGGCUGAGCUUCGCAGACACGAAGAGACGGUUCAAGCCAUUCACUUUUGGAAAAUGCCCAGCGACGACGCCAAAAAGGCUCAUUACGUGGUCCUUUCUCAAGACUCGGAGCCUGCGGGCGCUGAUGGCGUGAUCAUCGCAUGGUACCUCGAUGGCGACGGGGCGCGCGUUGGCGAUGCAGAGAAUUCCAUUCAGUUCGAGGGUCGAUUUCUCUCGGGAAGCGCAAGCGCGCUGCGCUCCGACGGGGCUCUUCUCGUGCACUCGGAUCGAAGCAUCACAACGCAGGGCUGGUCGAGGCCAAGCGACUGGCUCCCGCAGCUCGUCAUUCGCUCGCUUUCGAAUCCUCUCGUUGAAGUCUGCCGACUCAAAGGCCACCAAGAUUCCAUCCAGUGGGCUUCGUGGUCACCCACCGACCCCAACGUCAUAGCAUCGGCAUCCUGGGAUGGGAGCUGUCGGAUCUGGAACGCUGCGACAGGCGAAUGCAUCCACAAUAUCCAACACACUGACGGACAAAACUGGACGGGUGACUUUUCACCCAACGGGGAGCAGAUUGUGUUUGCUGGCACAAGCCGCAGCGUUGCACCACACGUCGCAAUCUACAGCGUCGCGACCGGCAACAGCAUUAGUGUUCUGCAAGCUGAGAUGACAGGUCUCGGAGGCGGGUCUACACCGCUCUCGUGGUCUCCAAGCGGCGACGUGAUCGCCCUUGUGGUCAGUCGCUCCGUCGUCCUGUGGGAUGUUGCCACGAACAGCACCACGGAAGUCAUAAAGGUGCACAGCGACGGCAGUUUGCGGGACGAUUUCUGCGACGUCACGAGCCUGAAGUGGCUUGAUCAAAGGGGCAGUAAGCUCCUCGUCCGACUGACCGACCAAACGGUGUUUGUCUGGGACAGGCAGCACGGUUGGAAGUGGAGGCUCCAGCGACCACCGGGAGUGCGGCAGUUGGCAGCGCUCUCGAGUGCAGAGGCCUUUCUUGAAGAGAAGAACGAGCUACUCUGUCUGGACGGGGAUUGGAGAAUCCGCACUUGGGGAAUCGAAUGA